AUGCCUGCUGGGAGGAGUUCUCUGGACCUGGAGCGGCGCAAGCAGGCCCUGCGUAAACGACUCGCGCUCGACUUCCAGCCGCUGAGGGAUACGCUGACCAAGGGGCUCGAUCUGCUUGUAGAUCCCGAGGCAGCAGUAUUCUGCACUGCGACCGUGGAGGGCUUUUGCAACGCGCUCUUUGCAAUAGCCAUCAAGCAGCUCGCAGAUGCUCCCGCGCCUCGAACAGGACCGCCAGACACCAAGAUCACCGUGUUUCAUCUGCAAGUGGCUCUCCGCAGCCACCCGGAGCUGGCCGAGUUGCUGCAGCGUGCAGAAAGCGCUCGGAUGGCGCUGGAGUUCUUCCUGGACGACGCCACAUCUCGAGCACUUUACGAGCGAAAGCUCAUUGCCAGUCGUGAGGCCAAGCACCUGCUCGGGGAUUCAGCGCCUCCACGAUACGAGCACGAGGAGGAAGGACACAGCGGGCGGCGUGGGCGAGAUGCUGAACAAGAGGAGGAGCUGAUUCGGCGCCACGAACGCACGCGCUCCGAGUGGCAAAAGCGCGAGGACGACCCGUUUUCCGAGGUGGACUUCGCCAUGGUGCUCAAGUGCGUGCACCCGGCCUUCACGCUUUCGUAUAAUGCCACGAUGCUGCUGAGCGCGCUGGUGCGCGAGCUGCUGAAUGAAGUCUGUGCUCGUGCAGACGUGGACGCACUGCAGCGGCGCCGUCACCCGCCCGAGCUUUUGCUCGAGGACUUGCAGGGGCCUCUGCUUGAAGUUUUUUGUGGUGUCUCGACAGGGAAAACGUCUCCGCUCGAGAUCGGUUCAUUGCCCGACAUGGGCUCGCUACACACGCAGAUCGCCAGGACUGCCAUCGAGUGUCUUGCACGAUAUCGACUGCAGUCUCGACGUGGCAAGACGCUCACGCUGCACUUCCGCGUCUACCAACCAGGUAGCAGCUCGGCUCUCCAGCCCUUGCAUGUGCUGCCGGAUGUGGUGAGAGACACCCCGUUCGCGAAGCUACUAGCUCAGAUUCGCACCAAGUGCCACCUCCCCGUGAGCGUGGGUCAUCGAGGCGGCACUUUUAGUGACACCAAAGGGCAUGGUGAGUUCAUCGCCAUCUAUCGAGCACACCAAGUGGAACCGUCGGACACCCCCGCAGCGCUAGCCAUACCGACUGGGGCAGUCGUGUACCUCGUGGCACGCAGGUGGUGGGAUCUCACUCGACGGUCGGAAGCCCGACGCGGGUUAUUAUCAUCGCAGCGGCCGCAGGAUGCGCUGGUGAGGUCGCUCGUAGCAGGAUCCGAGUCCAAGGUCAAGAAGGAGCUUCGUACCGCCGGUGUUGGUGUUCACCAAGUUGAGGAACCUACGCCGCUGGUGCACGCGAAGCUGGGGUUGACCGGCACCGCAAGCAAUAGCUCGCUGUUAUCCAAAUCGAGUAGUUCAAUCUGUUUGUCUAGGAGUCCGACGCGGCUCCCGGCAGCACAGGAGGAAGACAGUCUCUCGGUGUUGCUCCGCGAGCGUGCUGCGGCGAGACGGGAGAAGGAGAUCAAGAAGCGGCGUGCCCUUGCAAGCAGCAGCAGCAACAACAAAAACAAUCUAUGCGAGGAUACAGAUAGCGAAGAAACUUUCGCUCGGCACCACACGAGGUCACAACCACCAGAGACCCUGGACGAGGCAUGGCUCGAGUUCGAGGAGCUAGCUAAGAGCGUGCGCACAACUACGGAGCGUCUAGCGCAAUGGACUCAAAUUUCCAAGGCAGGGGAGGCGGAGCCGCUAAACCUCUCUUUGCAGCAGCUCCAGUCUCUUGAGGGCGAGUGGCGGGCACGGCUGCACUCGACGCAAGAGCUGGCGGGCCGAACGCGGGCGGCGCACCAGCUCGCGGCGCGGAUGCUGAGCCAAGUGCGAUCAGGGCGAGUCCCGUCCAAGGCAGACACGAGCAGCUCGUCCCCUCAGGACGUGUAG